AUGUCAAUGCAAUACAGAGACAUAAAACAGUAUCAAUACAUAGUGAACUAUCCUCCUUUAAGAGGAGGCUCCCAUUUCCAUAGACGUUUGCCAGAAAUAUUUCCAGAACUGACCAAUUCGGAAAACUACUGCCGUAACCCUGGCGGUGAGAGUGAGCGUCCUUGGUGCUACACUAUGGAUCGAUCGAUCAGAUGGGAAUUCUGCAAUGUCCGUCUAUGCACCAAUGGAACCCCAAUAAUAGGUGGGGAGACAAAGGCAGGAACAUCCAACACCCCGAUCCUUAACUCUGCAACCUACUCCAUGACUGUCAUCAUUUUCAUUAUCUCAGGCUUUGCAGUCAUCGUGUUACUGAUAUUCGCAGCUCUAAUGUGCCACCGGCAACAGAAGGAAUGGAAGAAUAGGAAAAGAGGAGCUGAAACACCGACUCUAACAGCUUUUCCUUCAGAAUUGCUGCUCGACAGACUUCAUCCCAACCCAAUGUACCAGAGAUUACCCCUACUUCUAAAUGCUAAACUGCUCGGCCUUGAAUACCCAAGGAAUAACAUUGAGUAUGUGCGAGACAUUGGAGAGGGAGCCUUCGGAAGAGUGUUCCAAGCAAGGGCUCCUCAGCUUCUGCAUUAUGAACCCUACACCAUGGUGGCAGUCAAGAUGCUGAAAGAGGAAGCCUCGCCAGACAUGCAGGCAGACUUCCAGAGAGAAGCAGCCCUAAUGGCAGAGUUUGACCACCCAAACAUUGUCAAAUUGCUAGGAGUGUGUGCUGUUGGGAAACCCAUGUGCUUGCUGUUUGAGUACAUGGCUUUUGGAGACCUGAACGAGUAUUUACGCAGACGAUCCUCUAUGAACAUCCGCACUUUGAGCCAGAUUAGUCUUGCAGGACGGAGCACUGGGUCAGACACUGACUUGUUACCCCUAAGUUGCACUGACCAGCUUAAUGUUGCCAAGCAGAUUGCAGCUGGCAUGGCCUAUCUGUCUGAACGGAAGUUUGUUCAUCGUGACCUGGCUACAAGGAACUGUUUGGUCGGGGAGAAUCUGGUGGUUAAAAUCGCUGACUUUGGACUUUCAAGGAAUAUCUACUCUGCAGACUAUUAUAAAGCAAACGAGAAUGAUGCUAUUCCAAUUCGAUGGAUGCCACCAGAGUCUAUUUUCUUCAAUCGUUAUACUACGGAAUCAGACGUGUGGGCUUAUGGGGUGAUCCUGUGGGAGAUCUUCUCCUACGGCAUGCAGCCUUACUAUGGAAUGGCUCAUGAAGAGGUAAUUUACUACGUCCGAGAUGGAAACAUUCUCACGUGCCCUGAAGUCUGUCCACUGGAGCUUUACAACCUGAUGCGUCUUUGCUGGAGUAAGAUGCCAUCUGACCGGCCAAGCUUUGCAAGCAUCCAUCGCAUUUUGGAGCGCAUCCACGAGCGUAUCACAGCUACGUAUCAAGUGUGAUGCAUCUCCUGCGCUGUCAUAACUCCACAUGAUGAGACAUCUGCCUGCCUGUCCCCCUGCAAUCAUGAUAAUGGUGGCUGGGGCACUGCCGUGUACAGGUCUGAAAUGUUGGACCGGCAGCCUUCGACACACUUGACAUGGCCCAGGGAGGCUGAGACUCUGAGGACAAGCAGUUCAGAAUGAUGGAAACCAAUAGUUAUAUCCACUUUAAGGUCUAUAUUUCAACCAAGGCUGACCUAGGAUACUCAUACAAGAUGAGACAUUGUUCUGAAGGAAAACCAUAUCCAUUGUUUAUAACCCUGGUUAGGGAAUAUGGUAGACAUUUAUUUUUUAAAUGUGUAUAUAGUGAUGUAUUAUUACUAAAAUAAUAUUUUUUAUCACUUACCUGUUUUUUUAAAAAAACAUGCUUCAUCAACAUUGAGAAAUAAGAGUGAAAUAUCUUAACGACUGUAGAGGUGUCUUUCAGCUAGAGGUCUGUAGAAAACAGUGAGCCGUUUGGACAGAGAACAGAUGGGCAGGACCUAUCCAAAUGCAAUAGUGGAGACUCAAUGAUAUGGACUUUGUCAGAUGUUUUACUUUGCUGGAUUGAAACUGCUGGAUAUAAAUUAAACAGAGAUAUUGCAAAAAAUAUUGCACAAGUAUUGCCGACAGAAUAGAUUCCCUAAAGUCAGAUUAACAAAUCUCCACUGUAUGUAUAGCAAGUUCACAGAAAACAAUGGUUUGAUUUCCAUAAAUCAGUAAAAUCCCACAGACUGUCAUCAUCACAUUAUUGAUUCCCUCUUUCAGAAGGCUGCUGAAGUUAAUCGUGUGGGUAUUUUUUUGCCAAAUAAUUUAAAUGGAUUGUGAUUGAAUGGAAAUACUUUAGGAGAGGCAGAAUUUGAGUCUGAAGCAAUGCUGGAAUUUUACUUUGCGUUCUUUUGAGUGGUCAACAGCAGUAGAAGCAGGCCCUAAGAUCUGCUAAUGAUUUUCAGAUUCCAUUCAGACUGAGUCAUAUGUCACGCAAGCCAUUCGCACACC